AUGUGUGUGUACAUUUUGUGUAUGUAUUGGAUUGUGUGUGCUAGCUUUUAGCGACGUCAGCAGCGAGAGCCGCAAGUUAUUACGCGUUGAAGUGGACUAGAAGCAAAUAUAUUAAAGGUUCCAUUAAAUUUACGAUAUUAAAUAAAGUCAAGGCACCUUAGUGUGCCCUAUUUUCAGCAGAAUGUCACCAGAACUACCUCCGAUUGUACUGGCAGGCAAGGAUUUAAAUAAAUAUCGCAAAUUGAACCGUCUAUAUCCAGUUUCACGGGAAUUCCUGCAUCGAAAUUGGGGAAACGCCAAACGCUUCAUCUGCUAUGCGCUACAACCACGAUGUGUACUUCGCAAUUAUGCCUGGCGGAAGCGUGGAAAUCGCGUCGUCAUCGUACGGCGUCCACGUAUCCUACUCUUCGAUCCGCGACUUAAGAGCAUGAUUAAGCGGCGCAAGGCGAACGUCAAGCAAUGGUCACCAAGCAUUGUGCGACUAUACAAAAAGAUGGGCUUCGUCACGGAGUACGAGGAGACGGAACUGUAUGGCGAGGAGCUGUCCAAACAGAUGAAACAACAACUCGAAUUGCUAAAGAAUGGCAAACGAGGUAUUUCUUUGAUCGAAGAUGCCAACAAAAAUGUCGAGCUACGCUUGGACAAAGAAUACCCUACUGUCGCACAACCCGAAGAGGAUAAAAAGGCCAAAGAACUGUUAACGGAAACAAUAGAAAAAGACACAGCCGAUAAUGCUGCAGAGACUGAUGCAACGGAAACUAAAGAGCGGCAAGAUGUGAACCUCAUUGGGGAUAAGCCGGUCACCUCAGAGCUGAUGGAAAUUGAAGAGUGUGAGUCACAGGCCAACAGCGAAUCGGUGAAUGCAACUGAAAAGUCUGGAGGUAGCAAAUUCCUUGACAUGCUCAUGAGUAAAGUGCGCGUCAAAAAUUUUGCCAAGGAGUCGAAUAUCCCGACGACGACGACUUCAACAAAUGAAUCUACCACAUGCAACAAAGUUAUAGCCGAGGAAAGUAGCGAUUGCAAUUUUCAUGAUGACGCCAGCGACGAUUUCGUGGGCUUCGACGAGAGCGACCAUCAGCCAGGAAUGCUGCUCACUCCGUUGGUGCCGCAGAGCUGCAAGACUGUCGACGGCAAUGCUGCAUUUGUAAGCGAUGCUCUCGAAGCGUAUAUGAAAAAGAAUAAUCUGCGUGAAUCGAGCCUCGAGGAUCGCGAACGCCUGCUCGAGCCCAUGUAUCAAGAUGGGCGCGUUACGGCGCACAGUGUGCCUCCCCAUAUGGACAUGCCGGCGGUGCCGGACAGCCUGCAACGCCUUCGCACUGUGGCGGAUCGUCGACUGUACCUGCAACGGUGCAAGAGCCAAAAGAUGGCGAUCAUCAACAACGAGGCAAACGUCUACAGGGAACUGCAGCGGAAGUCCCGUCAACGUAAGGUGAAAGUGGCUGCCAUGCAGACUCUGCAGUCAUCCGGUAGCCAAAUGCCAUUCACCCGCCAGGGUUGGCAGGCCGCCAGCUAUGUGGCUACCGACAUGGACAAGUACUACUACCAGGUCAUCCGCAUUGACGGUGAAAUGGUCCGAUUACCGGGAAGUCGGGGCAACAACAGUCAGCGCGAGAAACGUCCGCAUCGCAGUCAACUGACCGCCGAGGAGAUCGCCAGCAUCCGAUGUAACCGAAGUAAAUGCGUGGAUGCAACUCUCAGCUCUGAGCUGAAGGUUCUACCCACAUGGCCGAUGAAAGGCGGCAAACUGCAGAAACUCAAUCAGUAUCCAUUGCCUGCCAUCUUCAAGCCCUGCCCGCUCUCACAGAAACCUUACCAAAAACCACUGGACGAUGAUACGGCCGCUUUAUUGCUAUCUGGCGGCAGCAUGGCCAUUGUCAGUAUGCCCCCGGUGCAUCUAGAUGUAAAGCCAGAGCUGGGCCGACCUCUGGAUGAGAUUGCCAAGCGCUAUCUUCAGUACAUCCUGCCUCAUCAUGACAUAACGCGCGAGUGGGCCGAGUUCAGUGUAUCUACUCUGCAGAUGCAAGCGCAAGACGAGGAAGCAAAUGCUGAAGGAUUGCCGGCGGACGGAUUGCCUGCAGGCAGGCGGAGGAGUUUCACUUUUGUAAUACCCUAUUUGAAUGAUCGAAAUCAUAUCCUUGUGCGUCGUGUUGUCGAUCGCUCCGAGCAGCUGGACGAUAGUUUCACUGCCGAGCAACCGCCCGAGAAACUGCAGGAGUUUCAGUUUCGCAAAGAACUGCCCGAAUCGCCUGAUCCCAUCGACUUGGCCUGCGCAGAUAUGAUUAGUGACAUGAUUAACACGGUUGCCAUCAGCUGCAGCGAGAACUCAUUCGUCAGCAUUGAUCCCGAUGCAAGUUACUCCUCUACUUCUGAGAUAAGUCCCAUUAAAGAGGAGACGGCAGCUAGUAAGGUGGACAAAUCCGGUAAUAAAUUGUCAACUGGCAAACAACAACAGCAGCAACUGCGGCGCCCCAACAAACAGCAGCGUUUGGCAAAAGAGCUGCGCCGUCUCAAUGCCACCAUCAUCGAUGCAGCUGCUAUGGCAAAGGAUGCCAACAAACCUUGUGUCAAAGAACACUGUCAGAUGGGUUGCCUCUGCGAGAGUCUCGCCGGAGAGUUUCCCGCUCGAGAACAUUGCGGACGUGCGGAUUGUGUUCUGGAAUGCCGCUGCACACGGGCGGAGCUGACUCGCGUAAUGCGCGUAGAGACUGACGGUCGCGGCCUCUCGAACGAGGAUGCGUUCAAUCUGCGACGGAAGGCGACAGCUCGCUUGGCUAAAAUGGAAAAGGAUUUCACAUCGACUCUAGUGCUGACCGACAAUGAAACGCUGCUCAUCAACGAAACUCAGUGUGAUAAGAAACGACGCUGCACGAAAGCGCCCAAACGAUACGAGGACUUUGACGACUCCGUUGAGGAUGAUGAUUUGGUGCGUCCAGCUAAGGCCGCAAAACGUGAUCCAAGCGUAAAACGCUCCCGAGUUACCCCAGAGACUGCAUUUGCAACUUUGCCAUCGCUGCAACCAAAGUGCACUGUGAAGGACACGGAUUUUGUGCAGUUAAAACACUGCGAAGUGUCGCUUCGUCGUCUUCCCGACAUUGCUAAUUUGGCCAUCUUUUGCAUGACACAUCAACUGUAUAAUUGCUUCUGCGGCGGAACUGCAUUGGAAGGAAAGCCGGUCAUAAUUGAAAAGGAAGAUGGCGAUGCUGUUGCCCCUCACUAUGUGCCCGAGUUGGCCACAAGGGCUCACUACAGUUUCGAACGACCACCGGAGGAAUCGCAAGCACAGUCGAAGAAGCGCCGCAAGGACAAUAAGGCACAGUUACAAGACCUUCCGAAGAAACCAACUAUUAAACCAUUCGUAAAGAUAUUGCCAAAGCAGGAACAGCUUGCUCCGACAAUUAAGCCGGAAAUUAAACUCACAAUUAAAACCCCAAUUCCACCGACAACGUCAGCGCAAUCGUCGCUGCCACCACCGCCUACACCAUUAGCAACGACCAAAGCAGCUGCAAGUGGUGUUGUGUCGCCUGAACGACCUGCUGAGCUUGACAUCAUCUUUAGCUACUAUCGCUCCCGUCCAUUCCUCUGCCGCCGUGCAGUCUCUGUGCCAAAGAAUUGCUAUUUGCGGCUUAAUCGCCGUCGAGCUGAACGCGUGAGCUUGGAGGUGAGGCGCAGUGAGACGCCCCAGACACAAGAGCUGCUUAGGAAGCGCAUCUCGAAUGCGGUGCACUACUACCGUGCUGAACUAGAUCAGCAACGACGCAUAGAACAGGAGCAGCAGAAACAGCAACAUAAGCUGACGGAGUCAGAGCCACAAGUUAUUCUUGUGCGCGACGAUUCCGAUGAGAGCGAAGCAGGCAAUGUAGUGGCAAGCAAACGAGCAACUCACAGCGAACUCGGCGUUGAAAUGCAGCCACCUAAGCGCAAGAGGCAGCUGCCCAAUUCAGCGGAGGAGUCAAAAGAUGCGAUCAAGCAGAAAACUGAUGUGCAACAGUCCGCUCCAAUGCCAGAGAUUCAAAUGCCCAAGAUAUCGUCAUGCUUUUCACUGUACACAGGCGCCACGGAUUCAACUGCUAGCUCGUCAUCCCCGAGUUUGGAUGACAGCGCCUCGGUGGACUCUGCGGUAUUCCGCGCAUCCUACAACGAUGUGAUACUCAAGAUGAACACGCAUGUGAGCAAAAAGAUGCAGGACAUUGAUCUGGCGCUGCAGCGUGAAAGUAAAAUAAUUCCCGCUCCCAAUGAGGACAUUCUAUGCAUCAUCAAGUGGACGAAUUUCUUGGCUGCUUUUGAGUCGGACUAUGUAUUCAUUUGGGACGUGCAGAUGAAAAACUACAAUUUCCUCGCAGCAACCAUCACCAACAUGAUGCCUGCGGUUUGCGGUGCCAUUGGUGUGGUCAAUACGCGCUUUGCUCCUGAUCCUAGCGCCUUGCCGCUGAUGGCGCGCAUGCUGCUGGAGAGCAAACAGAAUGAGAACACUGGUCGCUUGGCAGUGGUCAUGCAGGGCAGGCAACAGUAUUGGCUGGUCAAGGGUUUCCUGCGGUACAUGGAGGGCAAUGCGUGCACCAAGCCGACGCCCCAAUCCCAUCCCAUAUUGACCAAGAAAAUCAAUGUGCUCUGCUCGCUGAUGGUAAAGCAAAAGAUAAGGGAGCAGCACAAACAACUUGAACUGGCAAGGGCAGCCAAAGAAGCCGCGAAUUUGCAAAGCUUAAGUGCAACUACAUCAUCGCAAGAUAUUGCUACAGUAUCAACUCCAUCAUCAGUUGCUUCGCCAGCAGCAGUCCCAGCAACAAUGUUGCCUACACCUCCUGCCAGAUCGACGACAACGACGACGCAGAACAAGGAUGCUGGUCUCAUCAUUCGCAGCAACAUUGAGUUCCGCAAGGUGCAUCAAGGAGAUGUGAGUGCUCUGCAAAUACCAGAGCGACACGCAAAGGAUCAUCGCUGGUUGGUGUUGAAUCUCUUUGACGACUUCUCGCAUAUAUUCGUUCCCGCCUUCCGGGACAUGAUCUCUUUGGAUCGAAUUUAUCAAGUUGUUCGCGCUUCCUAUGACACGCAGAAGGUCAUCAAAUUGCAAUUCUUCAAGGAUGCUCCCUACGAUGCCUUCGUGACACCGGCGUCCAAACGCAAAAUCUACUUUGGCCCGUUGCCGCUGGACAAGGAACCGCCAGUGCUGGUGCUGCUGCAAAGUGUCGACGGAAAGAUGAUGUUGCGAGAAGUGUAUCAACGUGAGCAUAGCAUUAAAGUCCAGGCUGAGAGGCGUACGAUGGCGUUUUGGGUGCUGCAGAUCAAUAACCAGGUGCACUUUGAGGUCGACUUGACGGCAUCGGCUGGCAUGGUGACGAAGGUCGAAAAGACUGAGUCGGAGCAACAGCUGCAGCAGCAACAGUUGCAGCAGUUGAACGCCAAAGACGACGACAAUGCCGCAGAUGACGAUGAUGAUGACGACUGCAUGAUUAUUGAUGAUGACGUGGAUGCGGCAAAGCAACCAGAGUCGAGUCAGGAAACGAAACCACAGCGUACCAACUACACCAUUCAAACGAUGUCCGCCGGCAAUAGCGGUGUUCUCCAGAUAGUAAGAUCACCAACAAAUGCAGCUGGCGGGAAUUCAACAAGCAAUGGAUCAGUGGCUGGAGGAUUUCUGCCAUUCAUUGCGAAUGUGCCUGCCAUAGGAAGAACUGCACCGUCUACACAAUUCCUUACGCCACAAGUGCAGGUCACACAAACACCGGUGGUGCCAUCUACAUCUGGUCGGAGUGAGACGAAUACGGAGCCCAAGCCAGCCAAGAUUAGUCGCAUCUCCGUGCAGCGUUGCAAGACUCCAGCCUUAGCUACAACUGCCGCCUCAGUAAACAGCAAGGAGACCGGUUCGCCUCCCGCCAAGAUCAAUGAAUCACUGCAGCAGCUGCUGAGUGGUGGUAAUGGGAAUAUUAAGAUCGGCGUUCCAUCCACAGGUAUUACAAUCACCAAGAUGAAAUCUACAGAUGCCAAUGGAACAUCAGCUCACCCACUGCACAACAAUGCAGCUGUGGAGCCCAUUAAAAUUGGUCUCAAGCGCAAGGCAACAGGGCCAUCGCCUGGAGCAAGUAUUAUCAGACCAGCAAUAGCAGAAUCAUCAAUCAGAACACCAACAAUUGUGAAGAAAACGGCCACCACAAUCUCAAUUGGGAAUCUGCCUAUCCAUCAGGUGCGUCCGCUGCCAACCAAACUGCAGCAGUUGGCCGCCGCUCGCAAUUCCCUGCCGCAUAAGCAACCCGCCGCUGCAGCAAAGGACGCCAGAUCGUCACUUCCCGCAAAGCAUCCAGUGACAGAGGCGUCCUCGACGACAUCGACACCAGAAGCGGGCAAUCGGAAGGUGCCAGCAACGGCGAGUACAAGUAAACCGCAGUACGGCUUUUUGGUGGCCAAAGAUUUACCACGUUAUCGGGUUAAGUUUAUGGACUCCAAGUACAUGGUCAAGAUACCCGAUAGAGGUGUCUAUGCCUUCAGAAAUUGUGCAGCUGCCAGUGAUUAUUUAAAUCGUGAAUUGACACGCAAAGAGAACCUGAAGCCAUUUCUGCCAGGAGAGUGGAAGUUUUUGCCUUUUGAAAACUGCGUUCAGAAGUCAACAACGCCACAAAAACAGCAAUCACCACCACAACAACAAACACAACAGCGCUCGGCGGCAAAGUCCCUGUCACAAUCGACGACUAUGCCAAUCGUUAUCGAAGACUAAUUCAAUUAUUAGAAUCGAAAUUUUCAAGCCUCGAGCGAGAUACACACACAUCGUACGUACACACACCCGCGCAGCAGUUAACAAUAACUCAAACAUAUUUAAUAUGUAGAUUAAUAAGACAUAGGUUUAAUGAAUUAUGUUAAUAUUAUUUGAUAUGAA